AUGAGACAUAAAUCAAAUGAAUUAGCCAAUCUUUUAAUUCCUAAUUAAUAACCAUUCUCAUUUAAACCACGUUUCUCUAAACAUAAGAAUUUUUAUACCAAAUAACCAAUAUUUGAUUUGCAUUAUAUAACUCCUACUCAAUAAUAUGCUAAAAUUAUACUUAAUAAGAUUUGUCAUAUAAAUAAAAAGGCUAUUGUUAAUGAUAGAUCAGAAUCAUCAUAUUAAAAGCGAAAACAUUUUUCAGUAGAUGUGGCUUUUACAUCAAGAUAAUCUAUAUAGAAAAAAUAAAUCAGAAUCAAACCAAUUCAAUAACCUAAUUUAUCAGCUGAUCUUUAAAUAUCUGAUAAAGAUUGGUUAGCCUUUAUAUUAGAUUGA